AUGACGGCCACCUCUGACAACUUCAUGGUCCGAUUCAAACCCCACCACACGAUCCCAAUGGUUGCAAGUCGCUACCUCACCGUUCCAGGCCAUCCUAUUCGUCCCAAGAUAGCGCAUAUGUGGGACAAUCGAAGCAAGAAUGAGCUUUGGUGGCGAGUCAACAUCAACGUUGAACUGGGCAAUUACAAACGAGUGGUUCGAUCUUGGGCUGCACGAAGAGCGCGCAGUGCUUUUCGGCAAGCGUUGGCACACCAUGGGCUUGAUCCAUUGGGACAUCCACUCCCUUCUAUCCCUGAUACUGAACGACCAAAUCCCUUGCUUGGGUCUAUGGAAGUCUUUGUUCGAGAAGGAUCCUUGAAUCAAAGAUAUGAUGUGCUCCAGAACGAUGCGAAUUAUCUUAUGUUGUCAAUCCUCAAUCGGAGGAAACUACGAAAGCAGAAGCAUAAUGAGCAAAAGGCUAGGGAGAAAUCUGGUCAGCCGAGAUCUGGUCAGCCGAAAACUGGUCAGCAGAAGGCUGGUCAACAGAAAGCGGGAGAAAUUUGA